CGGGGCAGAAAUGACUAGGUGUCUGGCCGGCAAGAAGUUAUAUUUGAUCUAGUUGGAUUGGAGUUGUUCGUGAGAAACUGGUUCCCGGGGUACAAUAGUCAGCUGGCUGGAACUUGUUUAACGGGUUCUCCGUCGGGUUUUACCCUCACGAAAUGAGUGGAACGGACUCUACCGAAUCUGACGGGUGGCUUCACGAUUUACCAUCGGAUUAUGGGAAAACAGAUCUGCCGAUAUAUGACCCGGAAGUGAUUGGCCCUGAAACACCGGAACCGGAAACUGAUAUCCCAAUCGAGAAGGAUACGAUAAGCCGUUCAGAUGAUGCAGUUGAAAUCCCCGGCGAGAAGAAGACGGUUCUGUCUCAGCAGCCCCUCCCCACGGCCGCAGCCCCUCCCACGGGAACCCCAAGUGAAGACGGACCCCCUGAUGACGUCCGGGCCUUCUUUGGGCACCCUCUUACCGCCGCCACAACUGCCAUCAACGGUGACGAUACUCACAUCCACGGGCUUGCUCUUCUUCACGAGUACCAAAACCUUCCCGCUAUGGAUAGGAGCGGGAUGAAAAUAGGAGACAAGUUUCAGACGCUUCAAGAUAUCUUUAGUCGAGCGGACGACAAGGGGGACACCACCUCCGAGGCGGAGUAUAUCAACAUCUUAAACAACGACGAUAUCGACAAACUUCUCCUUCAAGAAUCGCAUAACGGGGACUGUGGCGAAUCCCACCAAGGUCCAAAGACAUCUGUGGCGGACUACUCUCUGACUCCAGGUACAGAUCAUAACGGUGAAGGAGUGGAUUUGUCUGUGCAAAACGCUAUGAACGGCACACACCGAGCAAGUCCUGACGACAUACGUCUCAUGAACAGUGUGCGCAGUCAAAUGUGCUUUGAAAACCAACAAAUGAACGAUAAACCACUGCCACUGGUGCGAAACAAGGAUAACUGCUUUGGUCCAAAGGACAUAGGGAUCGCUGUUUCCCAACAAGACAGUUCCUUGUCCCAGGCAUGCAUGACAGAUAGCGGGGCAACCCAAGACACUAGACCUUCUGAAAACACAGCAAAAAUGAUUAAAAUGCUGAAAGAAAAGCUGAAACGCAACGGUCAUAUUCCCCAGAGUGCUUCCCCCGUCGACACACUUUCUGGCAUUGUCCAGGAUUCACUGGACAUCCCUCAUCAAAUUAAACAAGAAGAAUAUCAGAAUCAAGAUGUCAAUGCAAACAUGCGGCAGUUUGAUACCACUGCUGCAUUCCCACCAGUCACAAUGGCAGUUACUUCACAACAUCAACAAGGCUCCGCCAUUAAAGCAGACGACGAGAGCCAAAGACUUACGGUGAACAUAACACAGGCGCAAGCGCAGUAUUUCCCUCCAGUUGCUCAUUCAGCUCCUGUUCGGACCGACAUGUAUGGAGGACAUGAUAUGGGAUAUUACAGCAAUGGUUUCUCUUAUCCUUCAACAACAACAACAUGUACCACUUUACAGAGACUAGAAAGUGAUCCAGUCGGGGCUAUGACGGCCGAGAGCUAUGUCCGACAUCAACAGCAACAUAGUUUCCAUGACACGGCGUCGUAUUACUGCGUUUUGCAGGACACAAACUACACCAUAAAGUCGCCGGACAGCGGUUUUCACGAACCCUGCAUAUCUCCAACGGAUGCGUCCAAAAUGGCUUUCAAAGACAAUAUGAUUUUCAGUGCAGACGGCACAACAGUACCAGUGGCACGUGACCGUGUCCCUAAAAGACGUCGUUCCGUACCAGCAGUUUGUGUCAAACAACUUUGUCAAGGCAGCGAAAAACACACAGGCACCAGUGUCGUCAUCCCCAAAAUAGAAAACGACACAACUGGGUAUAGAUACUUUCUGGAAACCCCAAUCUCAACGACACAGAAGCUAGAUGAAGAUAAAAUCACAUAUCUUAACAAAGGGCAAUAUUACGGAUUAACACUAGAAUACCACGCUCCUGACAGAAUACCGAAAUGUUCCACAAUUCGGUCUGUAAUCAUGGUUGUCUUCAGGGACGACAAAACGAUUGACGACGAAAUGAAAGCUUGGGAAUUUUGGCAUAGUCGACAACACAGCAUCAAGCAGAGAAUAAUUGACAUUGACACGAAAAACAGUACCGGGAUAGUGCCUAACAGCAUUGAUGAAAUCGCCCACAAUGCCGUAUCGAUAAGAUGGACCCCACGCGAAGGUAGUGCUAAAAUCAAUGUCGCAAUUAACUGUCUAAGCACGGACUUCAGCAAUCAGAAAGGAGUGAAGGGUCUUCCACUACACAUACAGAUAGACACAUUUGAAAGUGUUAGGGACACAGUUCCACAACAUCGAGGAUACAAUCAAGUGAAAAUAUUCUGUGACAAGGGUGCUGAGAGAAAAACCAGAGACGAAGAGCGACGAAGGGCGAACCGAGCAAAGAAUGACGGUCACUCUCGAAAGAAGCAAGAAGAUGCAUAUCAUCCUCCAUCAGACAGAUCAGAAUUUUACACAAUGGCUGAGAGGGAGAGAAUUCCAAUCAUCUUCAACCCCUUCAACGACAACGAGGAUUACAACAACCGAAAGCCAAGCCCGAUCAAUGGACAUGGUCAAACAUGUGGUGACGAUGACGAAGAAUCUGGCUUGUCAAACAGCGGAGAAAUUAGCGACAGGGCUGACGAUGGCUAUUAUCCAGCCAGUAAGAGACAAAGGAGGGACUCUUACACAAGUUUUAGAGAGCAUCCAAUUAUUUUAUUAUACGUGAGAGAACAACACGAAAAAGUGUUCACCGCUCUGUUGGUCAAGGUACCUACCUUACAAGGACUUUUACAGGCAGUUGAAGAGAAAUACAAUACCCCGCCUGCUAAAGUGAAGAAUACCUAUAAACGGUCGAAAAAAGGAAUUCUCGUUAAGAUGGACGACAACAUUGUACGUCAUUUUACACACGAGUCGACCUUUACGAUUGAAGUGAAUAAAGUCGGAGAAGAUAACUUUGAGAUAAUACUCAUUGAGAUUGACCCACAGCAGUUUUCCACGCCUUGAUUGGUCUCUUCUCUUCAUGAAUAACAAAGACGACCAUGAGUGAACGGAGGAAUAACUCAGUUGCCUUGGCAACGAAACGAUGACACCUCGCACAUUCACGAAUAUCUUUGAAGAACAACGUUGACACUGUGGACGGUUUUACCCCCGAAUCCCCUUUAGUGCAAAUUAAAUGAACAAUGAAACAAACAUUCUGAGGAUACGGGCAUUGGUCUUGUGAAGUGGACGAUGGUGGUCGAUAUUAUAAAACCAUGACACCUCAUGGAUGCCCUUGCUUUCCCCUUUUUCCAUGGAUGGAAGCUUGGAUAUUAGAACUAGAUUCUCGUCCAUUUCAUGAUCAAUGCAUCCUUUCCAUUUCCACCAGAUCUUAUAUUUUUUUACUGUUACUUGUUUGAGAUGGAUAUAUUAUUCGACAUUGUAUUUAAAUAAACGUAAAUUGUACAUAGUUAUAUUUUAUAAUACUUGUUAUAUAUUUCUAAGUUUAACAUUACAUCUUCAGCUGUUGAUAGAGACUAUGAUAGAGCAGCAUUUCAGUAGCAAUAUAAGUGUAAAUAGUCGGUAUGAAUCGGACUUUAACCCAUUUCAAACUAUUCCAUUUAUGUACAUAUUGUGAAAUUGAACUUACAAUGACAUUGACAUUUUCACUGACAUUCUGGGAUUGAAAAAAAAAAUGUACAUCCAUUUCUUUUUUUUGUCGUCCCGAUUAAAAUUUACUGGACCAUACUUGCUGCUGCAUUUGUUUGUUGCUCGUCGCAUAAUGCACCUCCAUGUUUGUGAUCUUAGUGAUUUGAGACUAAUGCUAAUUACAUAAUAUGUAUCGAACAAUCUUCAAUCAUUUCUGAAGCCCAAGCAUUAUUCAAGGGCGUGUAAGUGUUCGGCAGCAACCAGUAUUCAUUAGACAGCUAGUAAAAUUGUUUUCGUGUAAUUGUUUCAUGUGGUCCAAUAUCAUCACUGUCUAGAAAGUAUAAAAUCAUUCCAUAUAAUAAGGCGAUGUAAAUAACGUAAUUGCUUCAGGAGUACGGAGGUGCUUCUGUACGUUAAGCGCUGCUCCGUUCUGCACCAGCUAUUCCUCGUUUCUCUUCAAUUUUGUUAAACCAGAAUGUUGGCCGAAAGAAAACGCAUUACCAUGUAUUAUUGUGCUUUAGAAAAAAGUGUUUUGACAUAACGUAAGGUGCUGAAAAUGGAUAAAAGUUAUAAGUGCGACCCUGACUGUCUACUUUAUAGAACUAGUUGUCCAGAUGUUAGUUAAAUGAAUGAUUACUUUUGCUUAUAAUUCGAUAUUUUUCUUAUGGACUUCCUUUUUUAAUGUUUUGGUGUUCAGUAAUUCAAUAAGAAAUUGCAAACGUUGUUUGUUGGGAAUAACCAGGUGAUGUUUCUAUUAGUUUCGCUUGCAGCAGUUUCAUGUGUUUUACAUAUUAUUUAUGUAUCAUACAAUAUACAUAUUUUGAAAUGGGUCUUUUUUUGAUUUUCAAUAUCCCUGAUCGUAUGCUAUAUUUUUGUAGUCCUUUGAAUUUGUAUAAUAUGUUGCCAUGUUACAAUAGACCCACUAUAUCUCCCACCUUAAUUUAGAAAACCCAGUGCGCAACCUAUGACAUAAUCUAGAAAUCGUUUAUUGGUUGCACAACUUUUGCCGCCUUAGUUGGGCGAAUCACUAUUACGUGAUAGGUCAGUAAUAACCUAUCAAAAAGUGCUUCUGAAUUGCUAUGGAGGCUUCAUUGGCGAAUCAUUAUGUAUCUAUUGUCCUAAUUAUUAAUCCAAAACAUCUUGGGUCUAUAUCUGAAGACGGUAACUAUCACCUUUAUAGGCCCAGAUGGAAUUUGUUCUGGUGUAGUAUGAAUGUUUUUGUUAAUGAUAGAAAAAAGGUCUUGAUAGCGUGAAAAAGAAGCUGAUGAAAGUCGUUUUUACAUGUUACAUCUUCAUUACACAUAUAGUUCCAUCCACCAUCGUCAUGUUUUAUAGAAUAGCCCUUUUAAAGUCACGUGACUAGUCAAAAAAAAGAAGUUGGGACUGACCAAAAUAGGUGUGCUGUUAGAAUUGAAUUUUCUGGACAAGAAAGCAAACUUACAGAUUUCAAAAUGUGGCUUAAGAAACUCCAGUUAUUUACACCAGCGAAGCUAUAAAUAUCAUGUUGUCGUUGUAUAUCAUUCCAAUAAAGGAAAAUCUUGGUGCCUUAUU